AUGGAGCCCACCACAGUGGUCAACGCGGCGGCAAUUCCCAAUGCUAAUGCUAAAAAACCUACUCAACAGGGCCGUAAGAAAUCUGGGCCCAAGUUUGAGCUAUCCGAAGCGCAGAAAUCUGAUAUCAAAGAAGCCUUUGACUUAUUCGACAACGAAUGCACUGGCUACAUCGAGGUCAAAGAGCUCAAGGUGGCCAUCAGAGCCUUGGGCUUUGAGCCCAAGAAAGAGGAGAUCAAGAGGAUGAUCGCCGAGAUCGACAAGGAAGGCAACGGAAGGCUAACGUUUAAUGACUUCCAGCACCUGAUGACCAUGAAGAUGGCCGAGAAGGACACCAAGGAGGAGAUACUUAAGGCUUUUCGGCUUUUUGAUGAUGAUGAAACGGGGAAGAUCUCCUUCAGGAACCUGAAACGAGUGGCCCGUGAGUUGGGUGAAACGCUGACAGAUGAGGAGUUGCGGGAGAUGAUCGACGAGGCGGACUUGGACAACGAUGGAGAGGUCAACCAGGAGGAGUUUCUGCGGAUCAUGAAGAAGACUAGCUUGUAUUGA